AUGAAAGUCAAGCUUUUUAUGAUUCCCAAGGACAAGGUAGCUACUGUUCCUCUAACAGCUAGCCUUGCAGAUGCCAGCAAGCUCAUUGUUGAGAGAAGGAUUGGAAGUGUUGUGGUCGUUAACGAAGCAGGUGAGCCUGUUGGAAUAGUUACCAAGUCUGAUUUAGUGAAAGCUGGAUUUGUAGAGACCAGACCUUCCUCAACACCAGUUUCCGAAAUUAUGCACAAAAAUCUCGAGUUUUGUAGUGAAGAUUUGGAACGAGAUGAAGUUGCAGAAUUGCUAAUGAAAAAGAAGAUUCAUCACAUUCUUGUGAGAGGAGCUCAUCAUCAAUGGGUUGGACUUACCACAUCAUUGGAUAUUGUGACAGAGGCUGCUUUGGAUGCAAAGGCUUUCCCUUGGACAAGAACUCACAAGUAA